GCCGGCAACCGACAAACCUCAACAACACCAACGAAGAAGACAAGCAAGUCAAGCAAGCAAGCAAGACAGUUAUCGCUGCACCACAUCCACACACACACACACACACACACACACACACACACAAAGAUAGAAACAAGUGAGCCGCACAGGAGCAGGAGCAUCACCAGCAGCACCAGCAGAAGGAGCCAUCCACCAUGGCGGCGGAAACCGACUUCUCGGCUCUUUCGCUGCAAGACCGACUCACACACAAGGUGUGGAAGGCGCGAUUGAGCGCAUAUGAGGAGCUUGUGAAGCAGCUCCAGUCGUCCUGCGACGAGGACGCGCUUGCAGAAUGGAAACAGUACGUGUCACAGGCUGUGGCAGAUCCAAACGUGCCUGCGCAGCUGCAAGGCCUGGAGUUUGCCCUGGUGUGGCUCGAAAACGCCCCAAAGCGCCUUGUCCCCGUCUCAGACAUCGCCCAGGCCAUCGUGGCAAAGGGCCUGAACGCAUCAAAGACACAGACCAAGGAGAAAGUUCAGGAGCUAUGCCUGCUCUUGAUUGAGGUCGGCGAGCAGCCAGAGGCCGUCAUUGAGGCACUUGCUGGAGCAUGCUCUGCCAAGCAGCCCAAGGUCGUUGCCACGGCAGCAAGCCUCCUCACAUCGUGCCUCGAAGCCUUUGGCGCGAAAGUCAUCAACCCAAAGCUCUUCCUCAAGAAAACUGUGGGCGUACUUGGCCACACAAACAAGAUGGCACGCGAGGAAGGGAAGAACCUCGUCACAGAGAUGCACCGGUGGCUCGGCGACGCCAUCAAGCCAUCCCUCUCUGACAUCAAGCCCGUCAUGAUGAAGGAGCUUGAAGACGAGUGGGCAAAGCAAGAGGGCGUGAAGCCCAAACCAACCCGCCGCCUUCGCUCUGCCGCCAAGAAGGCAGCAGCAGCAGCACAGCAGCAAGGUGAUGCUGCUGAUGGCAGUGAUGCGAAUAUCAACAACGACGACAACGGUGAUGGUGAUGAUGACGAUGAUGAUGACGAGGAAGAAGUUGACGCAUAUGAGCUGGCAGACGCCGUGAACGCACUGUCGAAGAUCCCCAAGUCGUUUGAGUCUGACCUGAAGGAGAGCAAGUGGUCCAUCAGGCGUGAUGCGCUGCAGAGUGCGCUCACGGCCCUCUCCGCUGUCAAGCUCGCUGAUGGCGACUACGGCGACCUCGUUCGCCUCUUCAUACGCGUGGUGGCGAAUGACUCCAACGUGAUCAACGUGGCGCUGGCCACGGAUUGCAUUGGUGCCAUUGCUUCCGGACUGCGGGACCGCUUCUCCCCGUACGCCCCUCUUGUCUUUGAAAGCAUGCUUGACAAGUUUAAGGAGAAGAAGCUGAACGUGGUGACCGCGCUGCACAAGGCGGUGCCGGCAGUGCUGGCGCAGAUGCCAACAGACAAGGCUGUGGAGACGCUCGUAGCGUCCAUCAAGCAGAAGAACCCACUGCAGAUGCAGCACACAGCCAAGGUUGUGUCCGAAAGCCUUAGCAGGCUGUCGAAGAAGCCGCUUGGGAAGAGUCACGUGUCGUCGUUGGCCGCUGCGCUGGUUGCAUGCCUCACUGCCCGCGAGCCAGCCGUCCGCGAGAGCGCAGCAACAGCCCUCUCCGCUCUCAUUGCUCACUCUGGAGAGAAGUUUGUUCGCCCGCAGCUUGCAGACGUCGACAAGAAGAAGGCUGACAAGAUCAUUGCCAACGCCAGCAGUGUCGGGGCGUCACCAUCGUCAUCAUCAACGUCAACCGCCCCGUGGUCCUCCAAGGCGGCAGGAACGAAGAAAGCUGCCGCGAAGAAGAGCAGCAGUGCUGGUGCGAGCAAUGGCCGUCCUAAAGCGUCACGCGCAUCGUCAGCAUCAUCAUCGUCAUCGUCGUCUGUCGCUGCAAGCAAGGCCGGUCGCCCAAAGCGAACAAAGGCAGCCGGGGUUAAGAAGUCGACGGCGCGGAAAUCCGUCGCAGCGUCGAAGAAAGGUAGCAGCGGAAGCAAGAAGGUGGCAGACAGCGUUGAGCCUGUCUCCUUUCCAGAGAUGAGCCCAGAUGCUGCUGAGGCCGCUGUGCAGGCGCUUGUAUCCGGCGGAGCAAUUGAGCUGAUGAAGAGCAGCGCGUGGAAGGAGAAACUCGAAGGCGCAACGGCCCUCAAGGCGGCCCUGGACAAGGAAGACAGCGUUGAUGCCUCCACGGCCAUGGCCAUCUUUGCAUUCGCAGAGACGCGCACUCGGCAGUGGAAGGAGACAAACUUCCAGGUGAUGGGCGCGUACAUUGAGGCGCUAUCUGCCGCCGCGUCCAAGGCAUCGCCGUCAUGCCCGGAUCGCGCUGUCGACAUGAUCGUGCCCCCACUCGUCGACAAGCUUGCUGACGUGAAGCUCCGUGCCCCUGCCAGCGACGCCCUGCUCGUCAUGUGUGAGCAGCUUGGGCCAAACUUUGUUGUCCUGCGCAUGUGCAGCCAUGCUUCGUCGCACCGCAGCCCAAAGGUGCACACGGAGACGUGCAACACCAUUGCCAGCAUUCUGAAUGCGUUUGGCAUGCAGUUGUCUGCAAAGGCCGUCGUCACAUUUGCACGCAAGAUGCUUGCGUCGACCAACGCUGGUGUGCGCACAGCUGCCAUUGAUAUGCUCGGCACCCUCCGCAUCUUUGUUGGUCCGUCGCUCAUUUCGCUGUUCCAGGACGAGAAGCCCGCCCUGCUCCAGCUCAUCACAGAGAAGUUUGACAAGGUGAGUGGAGAAAAGGCGCCCGCCGCGUCGCGUCACGUGCGGGGCGCAAAGAAAUCGUCAUCGUCCUCCAACGCUGGUGACGAUGAUGAUGACGAUGAUAACGAUGACGACGAUGGUGCUGGUGCUGACGACAACGACAACGACGAUGCUGGUGCUGAGGAAGACGAGGAUGAUGAGGAUGACGAUGCGCAGGAGCCGGAUGAUGAUGUGCUGCCGCGCGAAAAGCUGUCGGACCACGUGCCCGCUGACGUCAUCACGAGCAUCGGUGACAAGUCGUGGAAGGUUCGCAACGAAGGUCUACAGCAGUUGGGCGACAUUUUGAAACGCCACCAGCGCCUGACGCCAGACCUUGGCGACGUGCUGAUUGCCCUGAAGGCACGUCUCUCUGACAGCAACAAGAACCUGAUUAUCAUCACGCUGCACCAUCUGACUGCGAUUGGCGCAGCCAUGGGGGCCAAGGGGUGCCGGCAAAAUCUCAACCACAUCUUGCCAGAGGUGCUGCAGAACUUGGCCGACAACAAGGACGCAGUCCGCACCGCUGUCACAGAUGUCCUUACCACGUGGCGCAAAUACGCAGGCAUUGGCCCUUUCUUCGAGGGCGAUGCGGUUGCCAGCUGUCUUGCAUCUGGAAAACCAAACGCGCAGGCCGGCAUCCUCACGUGGAUGAGCGAGCAGCUCUCAGCCAUCAAGAACCCAAAGAAGCUGCCACCCCUCAAGACGAUCGUGAAGCCUGUCAUGCAGUGCUUGCAACACCGCAACCCAGCCGUGCGUAAGGCUGCGCAAGGCAUUGUCCCGGAGGUUGCUCGGUCCAUUGGCAUUGAUCGGAUGCGUAAGCUUGCAGGCACACUGCCGUCGUCAGCCAAGGACGUUGUUGUUGGCAUGCUCGACGCCAUGCCUGCAGGCAGCGACAGUACCGCUGCUGCCGGUGGUAACGGAAAGAAGGCCGGUGGGAAGAAGAGCAAGGCGGCAGCCGCGCCGAAAGCGAAGAAGCAAGCGGGCAGCGAUGCUUCAAGUGAUGAUGACUCAUCCGCCACAGCAAAGCCCACAAAGGCCAAGCGAGGCGCCUCAAAGCCCGACGCGUCCAAGGGCAAGAAGACGUCAUCGUCAUCGGUUGCAUCGACCGCCGCUGCUGCCGGCGCCUCCAGCACGCUGCCGCUCGGCGCCGAUCCGAAGAAGCAGCAGCGCAUUCGCGACGACAAGGCACACAAGUCUCUCAAGUGGAACUUUACCACUCCGCGUGAGGAGUACGUGCAACAGCUGCAGAACCAGCUCAAGCCCAUCGUCUCCAAGGAAUUGCUGACUCAGCUCUUUUCAGACGACUUUAAGGACCACUGCAAAGCCAUCGACGUCCUCCACAAGGCUGUGUCGAAGCGUGGGAGCACGCCUGCACCACAGGCGGAGGAGGCCGUGGCCUCGCUGGAUCUGCUGCUGAUGUGGGUCACACUUCGUUUCUUCGAGACAAACCCGCGCACCCAGCUCAAGGCCAUGACCUUCCUCAAGAAUCUGUUUGAGACGGUUGUGGAUCAGGGAUACAGCAUGUCGGACUAUGAGGCCGCGUCGUUUGUUCCAUAUCUCAUCCAGAAGCUUGGUGAUAAGAUGGAGAACAUCCGUGAAGAUACGCAUGCGGUGCUGCGUACAUUGCCACAGGUCUACACGGGCAACCGCCUCUUCUCCUACCUCCUCGACGGUUUGAAGAGCAAGAACGCCCGCCAGCGGACGGGCUGUCUCGUGGCCAUGAACCACAUGCUCAGCAAGAGCGGCAUGACUGUACUCGAGCAAAUCGGUGCGCCCAAAGCGCUCAAGACGGUCACAAAGCAAGUUGCCGACCGCGACCACUCUGUCCGCUCUGCAGCACUCGACUUUCUGGUGACAGCGCACAACAUUCAGGGCGACGGCAUCUACAAGCUCAUGGGCAGCGUUCCCGACAAGAGCAUGAGUCUGAUUACGGAGCGCGUGAAGCGGAUGGCAAAGAGCCGCGGCGGCAGCUCGGCUUCCGUCACCGCAAACGCAAAGGGUGUGGACGCUGGUUCCGGACGUCCGAAAUCGAGCAAAUCUUCCGUGGCGGCAGCGUCGUCGUCAAAUGACACCACGCGGUCUGCAUCAGCUGCGUCGCUCAAGCCCAGCGUCGCACAGGAGUUUAGCCUGGAUCUCGACUCACUCAACCUCCCUGCCGCAACGGAAAUGAAAAUGCCUGAGCUGGCGCCAACAGAGAUUGACGAGGCAGCGCCAGCAACGUAUCCCCAGCAGCAGCAGCAGCAACCGCAACAACAACCACAGCAGCAGCAACAUGCGUCGUCUGCAAACGCCAGUAUGGUUGCCAUGCACCAGCCACCUGCACAGCAGCCAGUCAUCACCCCAGCCGCCACACUCCCACAGCAGCCGACGGUGACGCUUGAGGACAUUAUCGACCACAUCAGCAGCACGGACAUGCGUCAGGCCGUGCACGCCCUCAAGAUGGCUGAGGAUCUUGUCAAGGACAAGGACAUCAACAUGCUGUCCAGUGUUGGCUCCCUCGUCACCGCAUGCACGCUGCAGCUUCGUCUCGUGUUCACCGUGCAUGCUGUCCGCGCCCAGGAGGUGUCGAGCCCCGGCAAGCGGCCGGAGGCUGUGCGCUUGUGCAAGCACGUGCUGUCUUGCAUCAUGCACGUGUACGAGGGCCGCGCGUUUGCGCGAUCGGUGCCGGACCACGUGCAGCAGCAGCUGCUGGUUGAGUUGGUGUCCCGCCUGCUUGAUGAGAAGAUUGAGCAGUGGCAGGACGGCGCACACAUCUCCCGCGCACUGAACAUGAUCCUCCUGCGUAUUCUGGAGAACAGCCGGCGUGACGUGACGUUUGCUGUUCUGAUCCGCGUGCUCAACGACGCGUGCGCUGAGAAGAUGGUCGUGCCGCAUCGCUUCACGGAGCUGAUUAUGAAGUGCCUGUGGAAGCUCACGAAGACGCUUGCGGAGCACCUGUCCGAGAUCAACGUGGCGCAGCUGCUGAGAGAGAUUCACGAGUUUCUCGUGGCCCACCCGCCCGUGGAGUGGAAGAAGCGAAGCAACGACAUGCCCCUGCGUACCAUGAAGACCAUCCUCAACUCGCUGGUCAAGGCACUGGGCUCGUCCGUAAUGACGCACCUGAGCCUGAUUGGGCAGUCCCCACUGGACACGGCUGUCGGGUCGUACGUGCUGCUGAUGCUCAAGCGCGACGGGCACACAGACGAGCAGCUCAAGGCGCUGCUGCCAACGACGUCGGAGAUCAGACAGCACCAGCAGCAGCACCAACAGCAACAACAGCAGGACGAGGAGGAAGGAGUGUCGUCGUCAUUUGUGGUGUCGCCAUCGGAGCGUGUCAACACGACGGUGGAUGCGACUGCCACUGGCGUGUCGCCCAACAUCACCGUGGACGCACCCACGUCCGCAUCUUCCUCGGGCCUUCCAAAGCCGUCGUCGUCGUUGCGUGCAAGCACAGGCAUUCCAGCAGCAAAGCCGAGUGCGGUGAGCAGCCUGAGUGCACGCCUUGCGCGCGCCAAGAGCAAGAUGGCGUCUCGCGACAGCACAAGCGUUGCCAGCUCGCAUGCCGGUGAGGCUGAUGAUGAGGGCGCGCACGGGCUUGGUAGCCUGCGGUCUGGCUCACAUCUUGGUGUUGACCCGCGGCACACGCUGCGGGACCGCUUUGACAGCGUGGCGGAGUUUGUUGCGAUGGAGGCGCAGACGCAAGCGCGCCGCACAGACUCAACAGCGGCGCUGUCACGGCAGCAGACUGCUGCACCCACGAUUGCCGAUGAUGAGGCACGCGAGCGCAUUCACGCCAUCCUGGCGCGGGUGACGGCGAAGGACACGACACGGCAGGGCCUGCGGGAGCUGAAGGAGUUUAAGGAGCAGCACCCCGAGGUUGAUGUCAUGUCGCAUUGCCAGCACUUGUCGAGUUACAUGCAGAGUUACAUCCAGCGGCGCCUGGAUGAGGUGGACGUGACGUCCAGUGUUGUGUCCAGCAGCGUUGGGGCGCCGGCCAGCACGGCUGUCUCGUAUUGGGAGCGGCUGCGCGCACUUCAGAGUCAGGUGUCAUCUGGUGGUGACGGCGACACGAGCGCAAUGGACGUCUCCACCUCCAUCGCCCGCGCUCCCGUCCAGCAAGAGUUCAACCUGCCCGAGGUUGCUCCUGUGGACACGCGGAUGCCGCUUCAGCGCAAAGAUAACGAGCAGCAGGAUGGGACGCAGCAGAAGUCGCUUGCAUCGCUCAAGGCGCGCUUGGCCAAGCUCAAGCAGGGCCAGGCAUCCCACUGAUAAGGCCGCAACAGUCGGCAGCAGAAAGCACUGCGCAUGCGUGUGUGUGUGUGUGUGUGUGUAUGAGGGACAGAAAGCAAAGAGAGAGGAAGGGCGUGGUGGGGGCUGUACUGUUGUUUGUUGUCUUUGCGUGCACAUCAUUACUUGUCUUCAUUCAUUUACAGAGCCCGUUGGUACAGAGAGGUUCAUACCAGUAAACAUGACACAGUGGACA